AUGGCACCAAGAACCGCAAUUGUUAUCUACUCGUUAUAUCACCACGUUACUAAGUUGGCUUUAGAAGCAAAAGCUGGAGUGGAAGCCGCAGGUGGUAAAGCGGAAAUUUUUCAAAUUAAGGAAACCUUACCAGAGUCUUUACUUCAAAAGUUAGGUGCACCUCCUAAGAAGGAUUUCCCACUUGCUACCAAUGACACCUUAGUUGACUACGAUGCAUUUCUUUUCGGUGUCCCCACCAGAUACUCUUCAAUGCCAAGUCAAUGGAGAACCUUCCUUGAUGGAACUGGUGCAUUGUUUGCGCAAGGAAAAUUAGUUGGUAAACCAUUCGGAAUAUUCGUUAGUUCCGCUUCUCAAGGUUCACAAGAAACUACUGCAAUGAAUAGUUUAGGAACUUUUUUCAACUUAGGAAUGCCAUUUGUCCCAUUAGGUUUCACUCACCCAGGUAUUGGUUCUACUGACGAAGUCCACGGAGGCUCUCCUUUAGGAGCUGGAACUUAUGCUGCUGGAGAUGGAUCUAGAGAAGUGUCCAAGUUAGAAUUGGAAAUUGCCAAGCACCAAGGUGAACACUUCCAAAAGAUCAUUUCUAAAUUUUAA